AGCAAAUACGUAAUAUUAUUUUUUAGGGUCUAUUUUUUUUAUUACAAUAUUCGUUUUAUUUUAUUGGAUAUAAAUUAUAAUUAAUAUUAUACAAUCGACUAUUUUCAAGUGUUAAGUGGAUAUCUUUCCAUAUUAGGUGGUAGACGAUUGCUAAUCGUCAUCAAUAAACUUAAUAUUGACGUUUCUACUUACUAGUGUGCGUUUUUUUCGUUUCUACUGAUUUAGCAAAACGUAGUGGUCGAAAUUUUUGUGGGAUUCAUAUCUCACAACACAAAUAAUUUUCGUUAGUACUUGAUUUCUGUCGACCUUAAUAAAUAUAUACAAUUUGAUAUGUGCUAAUCCGACGUUUCUAAAUGGCAUCGUUCCAGACUCCAAAAAGUGCCAAAUACAACUUAAAUAAUUCUAUAAACUCACCUUCUAUUUUAAAAAAAUUUGGAAAGCAAACAUUAAACAAUGCACCUGGUCGAAGAGUGUGUUUUGAUUUAUUCAAUAAUUUGAAAUUAUUACUCGUCAACUAUGAUAGCAAUAAUAAAGAUGAUCUAAUAGAGUACAAUAAUUUAAUUUGUGACAUUAGAGACUUAGCUACCGAAAUUAAUGAUAAUGAACUUAUCAAGUUAUUGAGAGAUGCCAGAAAUUGUGUGAAUAUUCUAAAUGAAAAUCUUACUCUUUUUGUAAAAGUUAUAUUGAUUUUAAAAUGGAUGAAUAGAAGUGAUGAUGUAGUCAAGGAAUAUCGAUUAUUUUUACUCAAUGUUUGUACUGCAUACAGCUAUCAUACACAAUUUGCAAUGGAACAACUCGUAACAUGUUUUUCUCAUGUGGAUAGUGCUGUUUGUGAUCGUGUUAAUGGUAUGCCAUCUCAAGAAGAAGAAAGAGGAUUUCUUAAUGUCCAUGCGACUCUUGAAGCUCUUUUGAAAGCCAUUCCAUUAGCAAAAGAUUUAUUAAUACCAAUUCUUAAAAAAAAGUUUCCAUACAAGACAAACAGUUCUUACAGCCACCUUCAUUACAUACACAAUUUACUUUACAUCAUUGAGUAUGAACCAUCCUUAAGAAAAAAUAUUCUCAGUCUCAUUAUCAACAAAUUAGUAGAAAUUGAUGUUCAUAUACCCAAAGAUGAACUAGACAGAUUAGAAACAAACAUUAAUUUUGAUAUUGAAGACAUAUUCUCAAUGGACGUAGAUGAUGGAGGGUGCAUUAGAGUUGGUCCUAAUAAAACCGAAGAGGAAAAUUUUUCUAAUACAUUGGAUAUUUGUCUUAAAAGAAUAUUUAUUUAUAUGAAAACUGUUUGUCAUAACUCUAAUGGUAGUUUAUUAUGGGACAGUACUAAAUUGUUUUAUCAUGAUUUAUUAUCAAUAUUUGAAAGUGAAAUUCUACCAACAUAUAACAGUAGUCAUAUUCAAUAUGUAAUUUACUAUCUUCUUAGUUUUAAAACUACUCUAGCAGAAAAUUUUAGUAAUUGGUUAUUGAAAAAAUGUUGUGAUGUAUCAUCUCCAUCUACUUUACGACAGGCAGCUGCUGGUUAUUUAGCAAGUUUUCUAUGCAGAGCACCAUUUAUUACAUAUAAUGUGCUGAAGAAUACUCUUUUUGAAAUUUCCACAUGGUGUAAUGAAUAUAUAAAUAGUGUAGAUAAAUCUGUUAAAGUAGUAGAUGAAGAAUUAUUAAGAUGGCAUGCAGUAUUUUAUUCAAUGUGUCAAGCAUUAUUCUAUAUCAUUUCUUUCAGACAUCAAGAUCUAAUGGAUAAUAAAAAAAAUCUUAGAUUUAUGGAAAAUUUAAAUUUGUCUAAUAUUGUGACAUGCAGAUUAAGUCCAUUGCGUCUAUGUUGUUCAAAAGUAGUUGAUCGUUUUGCACAUAUUACAAAAAUGUAUCAAUUAACAUAUUGUUAUGUGGUAAUGGAUGGACAUAUUAGAGUCACUGAUCAAUCAAUCAAGGAUGAAUGGUUAUACUCUUAUUUUCCAUUUGAUCCUUAUGUUCUUCCUCGAUCGAAGAAUAUGAUUAUACCAGAUUUAUACAGAGAUAUCGAUAGUAUAAGAAGUUGCAAAGAAGAAGAAAGAUACAUCAACAAAAUUCCUUCAUCACUUUCAGAAAACAUGGAUAUUAGUCCUAGUAUGGUAUUAUCUCCUUCACCUGCAAAAACUGAUUGGUUAGGACAGUUUGCUUAUGGAAAUAACGCACAGAUAUUGUUUUAAUGAUGAAUUGUAUUAUUCAAAAGAAUAAUUUAUGUUGUUAUUAUCUCAUUAAUAUAAUAUAAUAUGUGUAUGAUAUAAUUGUUUUAUUUGUGUUCCAAAAGUGGUUUGGUGAAUUGAGAAAACUAUUAAUAAAUUGAUUUUAUAACUAAUGAAAUUUAAUACAAAUCAAAAAAUGUCUUUGUAAUGUAUAUUUUCAUAUUUGUAUUAUAAAUUCAUGGCAAAAAUGCUUUGAUUCAAACUAUUCAGGUAAGGUAAAGAAACAAAUGACAUAAAAAUUAAAAAUCUGUUUUAAGAUACUAAAUUGCAUAAGGAAAAGUGUUUUGUGCAUAUUACUUUCUAGGUAACUUAAUUUACAUACAAAUUUAGGGUGCAUAAUAAAUUCUAAGUUUAAAGUGUAUUAUCUAUUAUCGUGUUCAAAUGUACUACACAGCCCAAGGGGAUAAGGCCUGGCCUCCUAAAUACACCUCUGGUUUUGAAUAAAUAUUAUAUUAUUAUUAUUAACUUUUAACAAAAAAUCAAUAAAAAAAAAAAAAAUUAAGUUUGAUUUGAAUAUUUUGACUGAAUAACUGUUGCGAAUACUUAGGUACUAGGGUUUAAGAGGUUAAGCUCCCUCUCAAGAAAUAAACAAUAUUUUCACACCAAUCCUCAGAUUGCUACUAUAGCAAAUAAGUCACUUAAAUUAAUAUAAAAUAUAGUUCGAUACUAAGUUUAUAUUAUCAUUUUUACGGUGAAUUAAUUCUUAUUAAAAAUGUUUUUAUUGAGACCAUGGCAACAGUCAACGACGCAUCAUAAAAUGCAUCGAUUGCGUCUUCAUACUAUAAUAGUGACUAGUCUACAGUAUGAGAUGUUAGUUAGAAGCACGAACUACUAGAUGUAGGUAGUAGUUAGAAAAUCUUCUAAGACCGCGGUUUGUGUCAUAUCUAUGGUUUGUGUGGCAAGAUGGCGCUGAGCUCGCGCCGACUAACACACGAUAACAGUUUGGCAUUUUUUAAUUUUUUUAUCGAUUAUUUUGUGGUUGUUUACUGUAACUCAUACUAGUCACACUAAAGAGUCCGCGUUAUCCGGCACCGGAACACCGUACCUGGCGUCGCGACGAGUCGUUUCCGUUUAUCGGAGGCUAUCUUCUCGUUCGACCGUCCAAUCACCCGAUUCGGGAAGUGUCGCCGCCACCGUCAAUCAACCACAGUAAGCCGUCCCGUCCGGCGUUUUGGGUCGGACGCCUCCCUUACUCGCAUCAGCGCCGCAAGUCUGUUUGUAUUAUGAUGUCUCGGUCUGUGCGUGCGGAGACCAGAAGCAGAGCCAAAGAUGACAUUAAGAGGGUCAUGCAAGUCGUGGACAAGGUCCGCCGGUGG